AUGGAUGGGGAUGAAGAACCCGAGGAGAAACCAAAAGCUCAAGUAGUCGUGGAAGCGCCAAUAAAAUUAAAGAAACCGAUAGAGGUGAAGUUCCCCAAGCGAGUACCAUCAGUAGUGAUACCGAAAAGAGUCCCAGUUUACAUAACACCGGACAAGACGACCUGCGUGGAGUGUCCAUGUUUUCCCAAAGAAUCACCUUACAUGAAACCACCGAAAAUUAGAGAAUGCCAGCUAAGCCCACUGACUCUUUAUGAAUAUGCCGCUUUGGUGGUUGACUCACUACCCCUGCCAGAAGCUUUCAAAUGGUCAGAGGCAGACGUAGCGAAGUGGAUGGAAGAAGUUGUUGGAUUGCCACAGUACACGGACUGCAUAUUUAACAAUCGUAUAAAUGGAAGGAGACUCCUGUUGCUGGAAGAUAUGAAAUUACUGAGUAUGGAUGUACAGAUUUUUGAACAUAUGAAGAUAAUAGUUACAGCAAUACACAAGUUAUAUUCGACAGAGUUCGUCAAGUUCUGUCGAAGCAUAGGCCUGCCUCCAAGGAAACCUUUAACUCAUUGUACGUGGUUCAAGUCCAGAACUGGACCGUCUUGGGGUAUCAGAAAAAAUUGGACCAGAUGUGACAUUUUGCGUUGGAUGAAGAUCUUGGAUCCAGAGCCAGUGAGAAGAGAUCACUGGGAGCUAGUUUGGUAUCAAAAACCAGAUUUCCCAAAAACAAUGUUCGCCAGGAUACCGCCAGCGGCGCCACGAGAAAAAAUACCACAUUACACAAGUCCCCCACCAAGUCCACCCUGUCCUGAGUAUAAGAUUCCCAGGAAAUAUAUAAUAGAUCCCUUAUCGGGAGAAAGACAAUAUAUUUGGGCUGAACCUAUUGUUACUAUUACAUCCAAAAAACGUCAAGCACAAGACGAUAUAGAAUUAUUCAAAAGAGAAUUGGGUCUAGAAGAACAUCAAACGCCAACGAAAAGAGUGCCGACUCCGGAAAAAAGUAAGAAGAAGGUCUGGACGGCGAAAGACUCCAGAUUAGUGCCAAAAAAGAUUUGUCUAGAGGGACUUACCGGUAAAGACUUAAUCCUCACUAGGCGACUCAUGCCGAAACCAAAGUUUAUGAAAGGAUGA